AUGGCAAGUUCCACCGCACCGCUGCAGGAGUGGCUGGUCAUCAUCCCGGACCACGCGGGCGCGCUGCACAAGCGCAUUGCCGUGCGGCCCGAUCACUUGGGUGGACUGAAGAAGGACGACGAGAGUUUUUGGCUCUGGGGGGGUGCUAUGCUUGAUGAGCCGAUAAAGGAGGGCGAUGCUGGGCCGCCGAAGAUGAAUGGCAGUGCUAUGCUGAUUGGUGCGAAGACGAAGGAGGAUGUUAUCAAGAGAAUUGAGGCCGAUGUUUACGUCGAGGGUGGGGUGUGGGAUUUGAGCAAGGUGCAGAUCAUCCCGUUCAAGAGCGCGCUGAGGAAGGCUUUGUAG